ACAAUGCAUUUCUAGGGCUUAAUAUUGGCCAUAGGAGGUCCAAUUGGAAGAGACAUGAGGGCUUAUAAUUGAAGGCCACAUAAAUGUGGUAUUGAGCCCAAUAAGCAAAGACCAUCAAUCCUGUCAUAGACUUGAGCCCAUUAUUACCUGGCCCUCUAACAAUCUGAAUCCAAAUCACUAUCAGCAUGCGGGACACAGACUAGAGAGAGAAAAACCUUUUCAUUUUCUCCCCGUCAUCUCCUUUCCCCUCAUUUCUCUCUCCUCCCAUUUCUUUCUCCCUCUCGUAACCGUCCGGUGAAAGGUCGAUGACGCCGAACGAAGCUAUAGCCGUCGAUCGGUUCUCCCAGACUGUAGAUAUGACGUUGGAGCGAAGAAAUACAGAUCUGGCGCACACCAGAGAAACGGUGUUCUAUUCCUACCAACAAUGACCAGCAAUCUCUCGAUCGGUGUUCCUAGGUGCUAAUGGUGGCCGUGUCCCCACUCGUGCUAUGGAUUGUGCCUGUUAGGGUUGAUUAUGUCCUCGAUAUUUGGGUAAAUGAGGGAGAGGGAUCAUUGCCAUGGGACCAGUACAUGAUUGUUUUUGAUCUGAUGCAGAAGUGUUACCAGGCAUUCUGAGCUAAUUGUUUUGAGGAGGUGAAGUUUUGUACCUUUUUUGGGUUUUAUUGCAUUCUGCAGACUUUUGUAGGAAUUCUUUCCUCUUGUCUAUGUUGAUGUCUUCUUGCUCCAAUUAUGUCUUUAUGAAACAAAUAGAAAAAGGAGGGGGAUGGAAUAUGGUAAUGGAGUUUCUGCAUGUCUUAAACUUGUAUGUUUUUCACUCAGCAAUUUGUUUUUGAUUAAUUUUUAGGGAAUGUAAGGAGGAAGAUAUUUGGGUGACCAUUCUUACAAAAAUAUGUUUCUAAAUGUCAGAUAAAUUUUUUUAUGGUGUCAUCCUUGUCAUUGCAACCUCCUUUGUAUUUGUGCAUAUUUAGUAAGAUUUAAAGGGGAGAGCUUCAAGCUUUAACUUCUUGAUAAUAAAAUAUGGAGUUAUAAGAGGGAUAAUGUGGUAUAUCCUGUUAGUAUCUUGAAUAUUUUUUCUUUCUAUUAAUUCUCGGCAAUCUUAUCACUAAUUAGAAAUCACUAAAUUAUACAUACCUCAGGUUGGGUGUUGCAUAAAGCUGCCUUUCACUCCAAUGCAUGGUAAUGAAAUGUAGAAGGCUACUCUAGGCUUCUUCCUCACUCUUUUGUCCAUAUGCAGGUGUUGGGGUUGGUAGGCCGGCCUGUGUGAAGCUCCAUAAAAUAAAAUGGAAAAAUUUCUGUAACUUUCUCUAAUCACUUUAUGGAGUUUUGGGCGUUUUAUCAGAUUUCUAUUAUUUUCAUUUGGGGUUUGUAAAUGGCCUUUAUUAAUUUUUGAAUUUUUAGUUGUAUAAUUUUAUUGGCUAAAGUAGCUUAGCGGUAUGCUCGGAAUUUGUUUUUUAAUUUUUCAUUUAUAAUGCGUGCCUAAUUAAUUUAUUUUGUUUGCACAGGAGAAUGAGUCUUUGAUUUUAUUUUUAUAUUUUUAAACUGUAGAGACAUUUAUUCUGCUUUAUUUUAGAAAUGGUUGAUCCAAACAAUAUUCGUAUUUGACAUUGUUUGAAAAAAAAAAAGGAAAAAAUCUGCCCUUCUGUUCUUCCUAUGAAGUUGGAAAUUAUCUUGGGGCCUUAAAAAAGACUUUUCGGCUUACAGGCCCAUAUAUAAACGUACAACACUCUGGAUCAACAAUAACCAAGUCCACCAAAAAAAAGGGGCCUGAAAAAUAAUAAGCCUAGAAUUUUUGG